AGAGCCUACAUCUAGGCGUACAGGGAUGCUGCCAGCUCUCGCAGCUUCCUCGUGUUAUCAGGAUGCUACUCUCUCCGCUCUUGAACAAUACCUAAGUCCGACACCUGAAAAGCCUCGCUAGAGCUAAAGUUAUCAGUUGUCUUUGCCGUAGCUCAGUUAUCAAUCUCGGACGGUCGCGAGCGGUUCCCAAGUGUAUCGGAAAACGUUGUCCAUCCGUUUCGGCACACUAUCAAACUUUAAUAAGUAAUAGUUUACACACUAGAGUUGUGUGAUGGUGUACGAUCUGAAAAUGUAAAAAACAAAUCAUUGCUAUCAAUCCAAUAUGCGGAAACACGCUACACCAUUCCAUUUCGAUAGGUUUUGUGUGAAUUUAUGAUUCCGAAUAAGUGCAAAUUUGUUUCCAGCAGCCCACAUCAACAAUCCCCGGGGAUUAUAAAAAAAACAUAAGUGCUGUACAUAGUAGCUAUUCGGUGUAAUUUAUUUUAUUAUGAGUACAAUAAACGUGAAGUGAAAUAAUGUAAGCAAUAAGAGGAUGGGUUAAGUUAAGUAAUUACGAAGCAUAAUUAAAAGCGUGUGAACGCUUAAUAUAGUGCAACGCAGUGAAAAUUAAUAGGGAAAAUUUACUGCACCUUACCGAAAAGCAUCCAGUGAUAAAUCAUCGGUCGUAGAUUACGAUUCGCUCUUCGCCCGGUGAAUGUCAGUACGCGCACUAAUGUACCGGGCGUCUCUAGUACGUUUCCGGCGGUGGUGUUGGUAAGGACACGAAUUAGCGCGACAGAAACUCAGGCGCCACCUUGGCCUUGGCUAUGCUAUGCACGCUCGUGGCGGUUCACAAUGGCAGAGUCGUCGCAAAGCAUCACUCGGACCGCUCCGACGGGCCCAUCCGGCUUCCGGUGCGACAUGGAACGUGCAGGUGGUACGGGGGAAAAUGACUUCCCGCUGCCUGUGGCACGCCUGUCGCGCCCUCGUACUUGGUAUGGUGCUAAUGUUCGUUGGCGGUGGAAUGGCCACCGUAGGAUACUACGCAAACAACUUUCCCUCGCUGUCGGACGUGCGGAGCAAUAGCACGUCGACAAUACGCGUUAAAAACGAACAUCGAGGAUUACACCUGAACAAUCUGUCCUACGUCGGACCCAUCAUUAUGGGCGUGGGAGGUUUCAUCGUGGUGGCCUCUUGUGUCAUGACCUUCGAGGCACGAGACUCAGCGGCAAAGGUAGUCCCGGCAAGGUUCAAGCUGAAUGCCCAAGGAUCCGCCCGCAAUCCUAGUCGCAACAAUAAUUCUCGUCGUUCCACAGGUGUCUCGAACGGUCCGACAGCAAUCAUGGGAUCGCAGACUGCUCGCUGGGAGCAGCACUUGGGCGUCUUUCGAACUUCGCCUGCCACGGAACAGGUCCCUGACCGCAAAGCACUUACGGCAGCACUCGUACACUUCUCCAAAGCCUUAGGGACACCAAAAACGUCACCCCAUCGGCGGCCGAGUGAGAGCCAAAGUCGGCGGGUAUCACGAAGCGGAUCGGUGCCCAAUUUGUACGCCGAAAAGCUGAGCGUUCCCUUGCUUGCCUCCGGCUCACCCGCCAACAUCCGGUCCGGCGCGAGUGGCCAUCAUCGGCACCAUCGGGGUUCGCGGGUUAGCAGUAUGGUACAACGUUCAACGCGAGACCCAGCUGGCACUGGGCUGCUGCAUCCGGGGAUGCUUCAAUUUCACCGACACGCCCUUUCGGUAGAUGAACCAGAACCGUUGGCAAGGACACUCAAUCAAGCUGGUUCGAAUGGUUCAGUGCAAUAUGGGUACGGCGGUGAGAUCGUACCCGUGCACAAGUUACGCGAUCGCAACAAACGUUCGGACACCGCCCGACGGCACGUUCUGUCGCGCCAGACCAAAAUCGAAAAGGACGAAUCGCUUGGCAGCCCCAAACAUGGCCACAUCAGCCGACGUGCCUCCACCGUAUCCAACACGUCCGUCUCCUCGAAACUCAACCGUGGCAGCCGACGUGCCUCCACCAUCUCCAAAACACCAAGCGUCGAUUCGCGUGGGGCAGCAUCCACAAUCGAAAUCAACAGCCCGGACCGGUCGCUGUUGCUUGGUUUGACGCCACCGAGAAAGGGCACGACGACUGCGUUUGGUCCCAUUUCGACACCGUCGGUCGAGAAGGAGUGCCGGAGCCAGCUGUCAAUUUGCUCCGAACCGGCAGCGAUCAGUCAGCGCAAUCUUUCCUGUCAAUCGAGCUUGGAACCGUGCGUACCAGAGGAGGAAAGCUCUCCCGAGUGUGAGCACGCGGGUGAAGAGGGCAAUAAUAACACUGGCGGGGAGCAGCAGAACAAGAAAAACCAACCCUCUCCAACGUCCACGGAGCCUCUUUCCGUAGCAAAUCCACCCCUGAGACCGGACACACUUGUACUUGCAGCGAAGGGAGCGGAUAAACCCGAAGAACUUCGGGAUCGACAUCAAUCGAACCGACAGAUGCCUCUUUAUCGUAGCAACUCGAGCAAAAGCUUCCGCAAACCGAAACCAAAGGUUGCGAGCAAAAAGCUUAGCAACGAGUACGACCAGAUCUACGUAAUUAGCGCCAGUGGUUCGGGUGGAGUGGCAACCAACGGGGGGGCCGCGAGCGGAAAUGCGACCGGAAACAAUCGUUAUCCCAAUUUCCAGACGCGUACAGCCGAGGACGACCAUUACGAUUCGAUCGAGGUCAUACAUGAACGGCGCAGUAAAAAUUUCAGCAAAUUCUCCAGCAGUGUGGGUCCACAGGAUGAUGCUGGCGAUAGAAGCAACGGAACGGCAUACCUGGGUGCUUCCGGUUCGAUAGAGGGCGAAUACCGGAAAAUGGGUUCGAACGUGAUUAGUGUCGUGGCGGAUAUAUCGCCAGCACCCGUAAGCAAUAUAGCUGGCGUGGAACUUCCGCAGCAAGAGCCCCCCGCUAAGGAUGCACCAGAAAGGACGAGCAGCUGCAGUAUCAGUCGGACAGGCAAGCAGGAUGAGUGCAUCGAUGAAAGGAAAACCAUUACAAACACCAACACCAUCGAGCAGUCGAUGGAAGAGAAGCAAAAGCAACAUAACAACCACUCAGUGUUAGCGCAACCGUUAGAAGAUGCUGCGCUGAAGGACGAGAGAAAAGACUCACAAUAGAGCCAAUGGCAAUAGUCUUUGGUCGUUGCUUGCGGUUGACCGGUGGGUCGAAUCCUAAACGAAGUCUAGCUCUUAACGGACUUGCAACCGAUGGGGAACGAGUCAAGAUGGAUGUUAAAGACGAUGUGUGCGAAUUUGCUCGAUGAGUGUUGAAAAGUAGCUUGCAACAUCAGUUAGCAGCUUUUCGCUACCUUAUCCGUUUCGUUGGAGAGAGAGAACGGAAAAAAGUGGGAAAAAAUGUUUAUUUCUGUCGAAUGCAGUUGCCGCACCGUAGGGAGUUGAUGAUGUCCUGCCGUGUGCCCGAUAGAGUCAAUUGCAUCAUGGGAAGCUUUGUGGGAAGUACAUGGGAAAAACGUUGUCCUAUAGGGUACUAUGUUUGUAAGAGACAGAAAAGCAUGAUCGCGAGAUACGUUGCCUAGAGCGAUUUUAAGUCCAUAGUUGUUGUUUUUUUUCAAAUUUUGGUAAUGGUUAUCCAGGCAAUGGGUUUUUUUUCUUUUGGCACAUGAAGCGGUAGAGUUAACAGAAAAGAUGGUGCAAUUUUUGGAUUACGACACGAUAAAGGAUGUGCUUGGAAUUUCAAUGGGUGGUGGUUCUGGAACGUUUUCUCGAUUAGAAAUACAUCAAAAGAAAAUUGUUCAAACUAAUCUUACUCAUACUCUUUGAAAUAGUAACCAAAAAACAACAAUUCACCCGACAACCGGCCAAACCUCAACGUUAUUCGAUUCUUGCUUAACAAUUCUACUUUCCGUGUUUAAUUCAACGUCAGUUCUUGUUUAUAUUUUUUUUGUCAGAUCUCGUUAAAUUUAUUAUAAUUCAAAAUAUCCAUCAUCUGCUAGUUGACAUUAUUUUUUUUAGAUACUUAUUAUAAAAAACUUAAAGGAUUGGAAUGCGAAGCUUUUAACUUUCUACAAAUUAAAAAAUCCAUUCCGAUGCGUGCAAGACUAAAUUUAAAAGAGUUUUUUUUUCAGCAUUUGGUUACUGUUCUCUUGAAUGGAUUUCUGAAAUACAGUUUAAUACAUAAAUUGAACAUCAAGAUUAAAAAUGCUGACCGUUUGUUCAACUAAACUGCUGGAGGAUGAUUUGUUAUGACAAUGUGAUUUAACAUGUCUAAAAUUCUCCCGUUUUGUUGAUCUUCAUAGAAGUAAACGCCAGUAGCAAUGAUUAGAAGCGACUGAAUUUACUGAAUUCGUAUAAAAGCUUAAAGCAAACAUUAUUUUAGUUGUGUGAAACAAUAUGUUCAUUUCUACAAUCAAUAUUAUUAUUCGAAAUUGAAAAAAUGUCCAAGCAACGUUAACGGUACCAAAGAAAAACUCUACAUCUGUUGUAAUCCAUACUGUGGCAAUACAAGUGCUACAUCUCAUCACAAACACGAACAUUCGUGAACUGUAAUCACUAACAUCACGCUUGACAUGGUGCCAAUGACGAGGGUGUUUCGUGAUAGCAAAACCUUUGGAAAGUUUCGGACAGUUUCCUUUGUUACAUUAGAACAUCCAUCAUAUGUGAACAUAUCUUGGUUUAGUUGUGUCUUGUGUUCGGUGAGGAAAAGCUCCAAGAUUUUGUUCUAGACGGUUCAAAUGCUGACCAUGCUGCUCUACUGAUGGGAAACGAUUUUGGCCACGAUUUAUGUGUGGGAAACAACUAGAACCGCAAAACCAACUCACUCGCUAUCUACCGUUCGUAUCCGAAAGCAUGCAUUAGUUUGGAUAGUUCGGUCAAAUCGAGGUCAAGCUAUCGUGCUUUUUAUAUCACACACAUCUUUACAGAACAAUCUUUGUACUUUUCAUCAUCACCGUUGCUACCGUCUAUAUGCGGGACGUGUGUUUGUGACCCAGGGAAAAAAGCGUUAGUGAAACGACAAAACUAAUGAUAUUGUCUGCAUUGGUCUGACAAAAAAAACCUAUGAGGCAAAAGUUUUAAUAUGUUCCGCUGGGACAGAUCAGUCGUACGUGAAACUUCUUGGUAUGUUGUAUUAUACGGGACGGCUUAGCCUAACUUUAUAACCACCGAGGUUAACCGUACGGUAAGUGAGUUAAUUUGUGCGGUAAAAGCAACAGCCACCCAUCAUCGUUUGUUUUCACAGGGAAGCUACACUAAGGGAUGAUAUUUUAAUGUGAAGAAACGGCAUCACAGUUUUCGGUAAUUUUUUAUUGUUUGUGCAAUUUUUUUUAAUUUCUAUUUAACUUAUGUCUUAUCGAUAUUUUAUUAUAUAUUAUUUAAUAUAUUUUUUUAUAUUUAUUAUAUUAAAAGAAGUGUAACGAUAAAAUAAGAAUUUAAUUUGCACUUUCUAGCAGGUGCACAUACCACAGUAAAUUAUUCGAAUCUAAAGAAACGGCAAUUGUACCAACAAGCAUUUAUAUUGAUAGCUUUCUCUUCUAGCUUCUUUUACAAACUGUAUCAUUCCGUUGCUCCUUUUUGCAGUAACAAAAAACUCCAACAGAAAAAAAAACACAACAAACCCAAACAAAACUUCACUUCAAAGCUAUCGAGCCAGAACCGAUACGAUUGGGUAAAAAUGGUAGCAUGAAGUGUAAUCGAAAUUGCUAUCUCUAGCCAACCGACGGUUACCCAUACCGUGCCGGAUCGAACCGUCGACAGCUACACAAGGUCUCAACACGCUUACACAGUCGAGUUGUGAACGAUAAAAAUGAAACAAAACGGAAAAAGAAGGGAAAAAAACUCGAUAAACUCAAUAUCUAACGAAUGUUUACGCUCAACACAAGCAGCUAUAACAGGAAAAGAGGGAAAAAGCUUACAUCCACUACGAAAGGCAACGAAAUCAGGUGGAGGUCAAUCGUGAGCCAAUGCCAAACAGCGCAGCAGGUUUCUAAAAACAAAGCCCAAAAAAAAUUACAAAAACCAAAGCUUUCGAAGAAAAAUUUGCGGUAAAAAGGGAGAAAAACUUUCGUAUGGGUCGUGUGCGUGUGCAAAUUGGGUAAGGCAUAAACUAACCACACCACACUUUUUAAGUUUGUUGAAGAAGUUUUUUUUAUCGUAAAACGGAAAAUCCUUCACACACUGAGGAGCAUUUCCUCGCAGGCUUGUUUUAGGAUAAAUUCCGGUAAGUCAAAAUAAGGAUAUAAUCACAUGACGACGCGCCUCUCGUUGAUGGUUUGAUGGUGAGUUGUGGCAAAGUGUGUGCGAGAAUUGAUUAUGUAGUAGUAAACUCGAUGUGCACGUAAUUUUACUUCGUUUAAGUGAAUGUUGUUUUUCAUUUGUUUAUCUUUUUUUUUUCUUGAACUCACAACCACCACUCAUAGUCAUAAGUAGCGAGGAUAAAGGAGGAUAAAAUUUAAUAAGAUCGUUAACUUCUAAUGUAUAGAAAUGUGCACACUUGCCUUCUGCGUGUCUUCUUUGUCCUGGCGAAAAAGAGAACGUUUUAGAAACUUCUUUCGUUCGAUGUUACACUGUAAGCUAGUUUGCGAGAGUUAGUAUUGGAUAUUUACAAAAACAAAUUGUAAACGGUUUUGAGGAGCACAGGAAGGUAAUAAUAACUUUUAAAGAGUUGCUCAAAAUGGCUGCAGGAAACGACACGAUAAAAAAAACACGGAUCAAAAGCACAGGCAAAGCGAGCGUUGAAAAAAAAAAAAAAUAUUUACAACCGGUUUACGGGUUGACAUCAGUUACCAUAGCCUACUACUGUCUAUCUAGCCUAACACACUAGAAAAUAUGCAUUGAAGGAGCUUUCGAAACACAGCGGUCUAUUAGAAACAGCUGCACGAAAUGAAUCACUUACCAUCCCAUUUUCCUUCACCUUUCCGUCACGGAUCAAAACCGAUCAAUCACAGAAAACUCCUUCGCCUCUGUAACACAUUGCAAACAAAUCCAUAACACACAGACACACACAAACCAUACUUACACCGAAGACGCUCGGAAAACACGAAACCGAAAUACGUGAGAGCGUAGCUGGAUGUCUAUUUAUUGGAUAGCGUACUACAAAACGGUAGCCAAAAUCUAUGUGCCAAAAAAUAACGGAAUUGUGCGCCGAGCGGAUAGUAAAACACGGAAUGGUACACUGAGCAGGGUAGAAAACAAAUCCAAUGUUGAGUGGAAAAUCAAAUUAACUCCCCUGCGUAGCCAACAGAGCUUCAAGUAUAUGUUGUUUGUUACGAGCUUUCCGACCGUGGUUCGGCAAACGUUUGCGUGUGGUCAUGCAGUUGGGUGUGGAUUAGUUAACGUAACACACGCAGAGCUGGAAACUUGAAGCAAAGAAUAAAAGCUUUCUGUGGAUGUUUUUUGUUUGACAUUCACAGAAUUUAUUUUGAUUUUAUCUUCUUAUGAUAAUUUAACAUACACAUUGUGUAAGCUAUCUUAGUUUCUUUUAAAACAUUCCAUAAAAAAGACUUAAUUUUCCAGCUCUGUAUGUACGGCUAUUAGCUUAGAGCAUAAAGAAAAGAAAAAACACACACACACACACACGCGAAGCAACGACCAGAGCAGCAUACGGAGCAAUUGUUAAACGUAAUCGUUAUACUCCCGGCACUGUUCUAGCGUUUGUAUACGGAAAACUGAUAAUGAUUACUUACAAAGAUGGAGAUCAUCUGUUGCCUAUGGAAAAAACAGUAAAUAAAUGUGGUUUUGAUGUA